AUGAAUCUACUUCAAGAAAUCGACGAUUACAUAAAAGAAACAAUCAAUGAAUCCUUAGGCCUACCAGUCUCUGCUCGCACUUUUCAAUUAAAGCUUCGCGUUUACGAGGAUGCUUAUUUCCGUCUCCGUGACCAACACCUUCUUCUCCUCGGCAAAUUUCGCCAAAAAGACCUCCUUGUUGACCGUGCCAAGGCGGAGGCGAACAUGAAUGCAGCGGCGAUAAAGAAAUUUGUGGAGGAAAAUCAAAGAUUGGCGGCGGAGUGUGCGAAUUUGGUGAGUCAGUGUAAUAAAUGGGAAAGAGAGUGUUCGCUUUAUGAUAAUGAUAGAGAGGCUUUAAUGGAGUUUGGGAAUGAGGCGGAUGAGAGGGCAAGAGAAGCGGAGGAGAGAGCAAGAGAGGCAGAGAUUAGGGUUCUUGGAUUGGAGGAGGAGUUGGGGAAGGCUUUAGAGGAAUUGCAGUUUUAUAAGCACAAGUGCCAUACUCGUGGGGAUGAUUCAUCUGCUGAGAGCACUGAUAUGGAGGAGAAUUCACUUGAGUCCAUUUUAGCAACAUUGGUUGGUAAAGAUGAAGCGGAAUAUGGUCAAGCUUAUCUGGAAGCGAACAGCGGUUAUGAGUCAUGUCAAAAUUUGCUGAAAAUGUGGAAUAGUUUGAGGCCUUCUACUCGGAAAGCAUUAUCACUAGCUGCUAAAGCAAAGACACUCCAGCAAGAUAAGGAACAUCUCAGGAUUAAUCUUACUAGAGCUGAAGAGGAGGUCAAGGUAUUAUUUGAAGAGAACAAUAUACUGGAUGAGGUGAACAAAAAGUUAUUGAGGAAGGAACACGGAGAACAGAACUUCGAUGGUUCUGGUGGAAAGCAUACAAGCAGUGCUUCUGCUAAGAGAAGCAAACGAAAAUCAAGUCCCAGGAGUUGCCCUGUCGAAAGCCAGAUUGAUUCCAAGGAUAUAGAUUUAUUGAGACAGCCACUGUCACCAUUGCAUCAUAACUCCCCUGAUUGUAGAAUGCAUAAGAAGGGAUGA